AUGAAGGUGCUCCUUAUCACUUACGAGUUCACCCACGCUCCGUUCUCCGGCAACGGCAUGCUCUCCCGGUCGCUCGCCAAGUCGCUCCUCUCGCUCGGAGCCAGCCUUCGCGUCAUCUGCUGCCGACCGGCGCCCACCCUGGCGGGCCUCGCUGGAGACAACCACCUCGCCGAGCCAGAGGUGGCGAGGCCGGACAUCGAGCUCUGGACGAUCCAGCUGCAAGAGGCCGCCGGCUGGAAGCGGCUCGACGACGCCUCGGCCUACAAAGACUUCUGGGCCGGCGCGGGUGGCAUGGGCGCGGCCGUGGCCCGCUUCGCGCCCGAAGCCGUGGUCGCGGUCGACUGGACAGGCGCGGGCGCGUGGAGAGCGCUCCGAGAGAGCGGCGUCGCCGACUCGAAGCUGUGCUACCUCAACUUCCGCGUGUACGCGUCGGGCAUGGCGGAGAGCCGAGGCGGCUGGUUCGACCGGAUGGAGGCCGCCGCGCUGGAGCAGGCGCAGCUGGUGCUCGCCCUCUCUCCCGCCGACCAGAAGAGCCUCGCAGCGCUGCAGCGCCGCUCCUCCCCCCCCACUGCCACCCUGCCGCCCGUCCGCGUCCUGAUGCCGCCUCUGCGCGCCGACGUCGCGGCUCUCGCUCUCGCGAGCGGUAGCGGUGCGGCCGCCGCGGCGGCGAGUGCGGCGCUGCCCCCGGCGCUCGCAGCCGCGCUGGCACUGCCGGGCGCCAGGCGGCGCUUCGUCACGUGCGGCGUGCGCCUCUCGAGCGAGAAGGAGCCGAUGCGUUUCGUCGCCUUUGCCGAGUACGCAGAGGAGGCAAAGACGAGGCUGCGCGCCGCGUGCGAGGCUGCCGCCGCCCUCUCCGGCGACGCCGUCGUCCUCUCCGACUUCAUCGGCCCUCCUGCCCUCGCCGCCGUGUUUGCGGCCACCGCACUCAACUUUCACCCGUGCAGAUACGACGCCUAUGGCAUGAGCGUCGUCGAGGCGGCCGCGUUUGGCGCGCCAUCGGUCGUCAACGGAGGCGCAAAGGUUGGUGCUGCACAGCUCCUUCCGGCCGACGAGGGCGCGAGCUUCGAGGCCCGCUUUGACGGCGCGGCGGACGAGGCGGUCUCGGCGGAAGUGCUCGCGCUGCUCGGCGACCAGGCGCGCCUCGCUUCGGUCGGGAGCGCGGCACGCGAGCGGGCGCUGGGCUGGGACGAGUCGGCUUACGGAGCGGCGUUGCACGGCCACCUCGUGCAGCUCUCCGAGGGAGCGACCACCGACGCGGGCGACGGCCGGAC